AAAUGGCGCAGAGAGAUGGAGAUACUCGAUAUCGUCUGAAGGAAACUAUCAAUAAUUUAGAUUGACUUACUGAUACAUUUUAGUGGCAAAAGUUAAUUCAGUGAUAUAGAAUGGGAAAUAAUUAACAAUAAUGAGUGUUUGGAAAAGACUCCAGAGAGUAGGGAAGUCUGCAUCUAAGUUCCAGUUUACUGCAUCAUACCAGGAAUUAGAAGUGGAAUGUACAAAGAAAUGGCAACCAAACAAACUAUGUAUAGUAUGGACAAGAAGAAGCAGAAGGAAAUCAACCCAGCUUCAUACCUGGGAACCAACCAUACAGAAUCCAUACAAUGGCAUGGUUACAUGGACAGUGCCAGAGAAUGUAGAAACACAAGUGACAUUGUUCAGAGAUGGCAGACAUGCAGAGUAUGAGGACAAGGAAUGGACCUUUCUUUUAGAAGAUCAAGCUAGAGGUGGAAGAAGGAAGAUAAUUGCAUCAGCACCAAUCAAUAUGAAGGACUAUGCUUCUGAUGUACCAACACAACACACAAUGACUAUAAAGCUGAAACCAGCUUCAAAGAAAAUUGUUAAAGCAUCCAUACAGCUGACAUUGUCAUGUGUCUUCCUGAGAGAGGGAAAAGCUACAGAUGAAGAUAUGCAGAGUGUAGCAAGUUUAAUGAGUAUAGGUAAAACAGAUAUUGGUAACCUUGACGAACUGGAGGAGGAAGGAGAAAAUUUUGGGGAUCACAGCGGGGAUCACUCCUUCUGUUCUAGAAUAGCAGAAAUCACAACUCAGUUGUCUAAUCUAGAUGAAGAAGAUGAAACUGCUGGUAAUCCCUUUGGUAACCCCUUUGGAGACCCUGAUCUGGAAUGUGAUGGCUUUGAAUGUGCAGAACAGAGUGAAAAUUCAGUUAACUUAACAGAAGCAUUAGAAUCCUCAAACCCAUUUGGCGAUGAUGAUGAGGAGGAGGAGGAUGAAAACAAUCCUUUUAAAGAUCCAACUCCCCCAGACAGAUAUCUGACAUCGGAUGUCAUUAAAUCCUCAAAAGCUAAAAAAACAAAAAGAGCUCCAGCACCACCACAAGCAGGAGAAUCAUCUCCAAGUCCCAAAAAACCUGAAUCAACACCAAGGGCCACACCAGAAAAGUCUUCAGCGGCAAAAGUGCUAAAUCCACCUGGAGAACAAUCACCAAGUCCAAAGAAGCGAGCUCCGGCACCACCACAAUCAAUAGAGACGGCUCUGAAAGAGAUAGUAUCAUUGACAAAAAAACCUAAGUCACCGUCAAGUCCAGAGAGACCUGUCUAUGAAGGUUCUCCACCAUCUACUACUGUGGAAAAAUGGAAAAGGCCUAUAACUCCUCCACAUCUACAGACUAAAUCAGAAUCUCCUAAUGAAAGUAUUACAGAUGUGUCUAUAGAUGUGGUUUCACCAGACAGUAAAGGGGACAGAAAAGCUUUGGAAACAUUAGAUUUAAAUAAGCAGACAGGAUCACCAGUAUCCAAGUCUGGGGAUUCCACUCAGACUUUAUUAGAAUGGUGUAAAGAAGUUACACAAGGCCAUAAAGGUGUAAAAAUUACAAAUCUGACAACAUCAUGGAGAAAUGGAAUGGCAUUCUGUGCAAUUAUUGCUCAUUUUAGACCAGAUCUGAUUGAUUUUCGAUCUCUUAAUCCACAUGACAUGAAAGCCAAUAAUAGAAUAGCUUUUGAUGCAGCAGCUAAGCUGGGUAUUCCAAGAGUUAUAGAACCUUCUGAUAUGGUUUUAUUAAAAGUUCCAGAUAAAUUAUCUGUAAUGACCUACUUGCAUCAACUACGGGCAUAUUUUACUGGUCAGACAUUAGAAAUACAGCAGAUAGGAACAAGUGCUCGUGAAAGUACAUAUACUCUUAGUGAAAAAGAUCGUGAGUUAGAAAUGCAGAUUUCUAGAGAAAUGUACGGUAAAGAUGUGAUGGACUCAGCACAGCCAUCAAAGGAAAAUGUUCCAAAACCUGAAGUUGAUAAUCAUAAAAAAUCCAAGAGUCGAGAGACGACUCCAGUGACGCCAGAUUCAUUGUCUUUUACUUCAAGUAGUCCCUCUAAUUCAUUAGACAAAUUAAGUGAAAUCUCUAGUCAUUCGCCUGUUAAACAAAGUCCUGAACGAGAAGUGACUUUAACAAAUGGUGAUAUUAAAAAAUCUCCCAGUCCCGAUAAAAAUAAUUCUUGUGAUAAUAAUAAACUGGUGUCUCAAACCAAAGAGAAACCUUCUGUGUCUGUUGAGAAAUUAAAAACCUCAUUAAUGACAAGAAAUCAGUUGAAUAAUCCUUUUGAUUCUGAGGAGGAGGAUAUUAGUCCAGCCUCAGGUCAUGCAGAAGGGGAGGAUGAUAGUGAAGUGUGGGUAUUACGUAGCGAUUCACAGACAAGUAGUAUAGCAUCUGGGUCAAUCAGUCCACAGUGGUCUUCCAAAGAAAGUACUCCAUCCAGAGAAAAAAGUCCUGUUGUUGAAAAACAUCAAAGGAGAUACCAAAAACAUACUGAAAAACAGCCAACCAAUCACAAAGCCAGGCACGAAGAGCUAAAGGCAAAGGCUAAAAUACUUUUAGAGAAGGCUAAACAAGAUGCUAUAGUUGAAACUAAAGAAAAUAAGCAGAACACCAAUGAAACAGGGAAAGCAAGUCAGGAAGAAGAGGAUAAAAAACACAGACUAAAAGAAAGAGCUCGACAGUUAAUAGAGGAAACAAGGGCCAGUAUUGGCAAACCUCAGAUGUCUGAUAUGAAUCCAUCGGUAUCAUCUUCACAGAGGACAAAAAUUAAUACUGAUUCAGUUAAGCCUACAAAAGCCAGGCGGAUAACUGCCUCUUCACAGCUUUUCAAAGCUAGGCAUGAAGCAUCAGUUAUAGCCUCAACAGAGUCCAGCGUAAAAGGAGACAGCAAACUGAAGAGACUCAGUCUGAAGAAAGUAGAUCUGUCAACACCAUUUUCCAAAGACAAAACUCCAUCUCCACAGGUGUCAGAACCAGAUAAAGCUGUUUUAAAUAAUAAACAAGAGAAAAGAAAAGUUGUUCCUGCAGUGAAUAUUUCCUACAGUAUGGAGUUCUCUAAAGAGGAUGGUGGAGACUCCAGUGAUAAUACAGAAUCAUUAGAAGAAGAUGUGUUGUACAAGAAAAAUGAGAAUUUCCAGAGUACCAAUCAGUACGUAAUGGCUGAAAUGGAUGCCUUGGAUAGGGAACAGAAACAAAUUGAUGCUGAGGCAGGACUACUGGAGGAAAAACUCAGAAAGGCCAUGAAUGGAAACAACAAAUCUUUAGAAGAAAAGUUAAUGCAGCAAUGGUUUCUACUGGUUAAUAAAAGAAAUGCUUUGAUAAGAAGACAGAUGCAGCUUAAUAUUUUGGAAAAAGAAGAUGAUUUAGAGCAGAGAUACGAGCUGCUGAAUCGAGAGCUUCGUGCCAUGAUGGCAAUGGAAGACUGGCAGAAAACUGAAGCGCAGAAGAGGAGAGAAAAGUUAUUACUGGAAGAGUUAGUUGCCAUCGUAAACAAGAGAGAUGAACUAGUUCAGCAUUUAGACUCUCAAGAAAGAGCAAUUGAAGAAGAAGAACAGCUUGAUAGAAAGAUAAGUGAAGGGAAACUGUUAAAACAAGACAAGAAAGAAUGUUCUAUACAGUGAAAAUCUGGUACCUCUUUGUUGUCUGGGAACCAGACUGAUUAUGUUCCUUUGAACAUUGGGAGGUCAGAUGUCAACUCUACAGAUUCAGAAUAACAAUGUGUAUCCAAGAACCUCAUGUGUUGCUAUGUGUUCAGAUCAUGGCUUUAAGUCAGCUUAAAGUUUACACAAUCAUAACUCUGUUGUAAAACCAAUGCACAUGUAGAUUGGUUCAUAAGGAAUGAACUGUGCUUUGCAACCAAAUGCUAUACAUGUAUCAAAGCACUUUUAAAAUACACACUUCACAAGACAAUUACAACAUGUGUAUUAUUUUCAGAUACGAACUUGCUUUUUUUUAUUAGCCAUUUAGUGGUGUUAUUUAACUAUUACUUAGAUUCAGUCAAACUGGAAGAUAUAUAUUUAAAUACAUUUAAUUAUUUUUCCCCUAUUUAUUGAGACACAAGGUAUUUAUUUAUAGACAUGAUAUUUGCAAAUUUUAACCCAGAAAUGCAGUAAAUGUGUUACUGUUUCAUAAGUAUGAAUUGUCAGUAAGAAUAUAUAAACUGAUUUUCACAUGUUUAUUUCGCUUUUAACUUCUAAACUGCACUAUUUUUGGGACAAACUACAAGAAAGAAUAUUAAGCUUAACAACUAGUUGAAAAUUUACAGAACUGCAGUUAUGAGAUUAGAAUAGACCAAUGUGCAUGUUGUUAACUGGUAGAAAAAAAUUUUUUUUUACAUUAGGUGUUAUUAAUAAAUCUUUAAAGAAAGAUA